AUGAGCAAGUUUUCCAGUAUGUUGUUGCCUCCGAAGGGCGUCAAGGAAGUAAUGGAUGACGAGGACGAAAUCAAGACGUUCGAAGCGUUCAAGACAACCACCGGUGGUGCUUUGCAUUCUGCACUUGCUGUGCCUACCCAAUACAACCGUCAACGUGGAGAGUGGAGGACUCUACCGAGCAACGAGCUUGAAGCUGUUCUUAAGAAGGCCAGUGCAGUUUUCCCUGGAUGCAAAACCGAGAGUUGUACAUGGAAUGAUGUGUUCGAGCGGAUCGACGCGGUGAAAGAGGCGUACGACGCCAAAGCCCCAAAAGGGUCCUUCCGAAGUUUCCUUCGGAACGGCAAAGCAGAUGCCACCACACUCAACUCUCUUUGCUUCAUAAUCCCAGAAGAAUAUGGCCUUGGUGUCUUACGUGGAGGGCUGUCAUUCAUCUUCCAGGCCUGGGAACAACGCAUCGAGAACCGAGAGAAAAUACUCGAGCUACUGUCAGACGUUGUCGACACUCUCAAAGCGACGGCCGAGAUGUACAAGGUAUUUCGAGAUGACGAACUCAAGGAGAAGACGCGAGAUCUCUACGGCGUUAUUGUUGAUUCUCUGAGAUUGCUUACUGAGAUGCUGCUUCGGUGUCGCAAAGAUGGAUCAUUCAUCCGCCGUAUAAAGACACGACUGCCGGAUCACGAAGCAGUCGUGUUGGAAGGCCUCGAUCAUGAGAUACAAAACGCCAAGGCCAGGGUGACGAGUCGAAUUGACAUUCUGAACGCACAAACCCUGCAGAAUGUCAGCAAGACGGCUUCUGCUAACAGUAUCGAGUUGCACGCAACGCGUUUUGGAGUUCAGGAAGUAUCGCAUUGUGUUAGGCGUAUUGAUGGGGAAAUGAAAACCCUUAACCGAAGCGUGAAAGAGCUGAAAGAAGACAUUAAGCAAGACUUUCAAAGGCUGUUCGAGGGUAACAUGUCACAGAUGGUCUCCAAGAACGAGGUUGCUGCUACCGUGCAGACUCUUGUGUAUAACAUGGUCGCGGAAAUGGUGUGCCAGACAAAGCAGCCUCUCAAGCAGAUUGUUGGAACCGAGGUCAUCGCGGAGGAGCGACGUCUUACCCAGCAGACAAUAUUGAUGACGACGGAAGAGCUUCUGUGGAUGCUCGGCGUGGAUCUCGUAUACUUGAUCCGCGAGACGGAGCAUAUCUUGAGACAGAGCAACUCUUUACGACCCAAGGGUCUCGGCAAGGCGCGAUGGCUGCUCACGACCGCGCAAUUCAAGAAUUGGCUGAGUCAGCCGUUGUCCGGAAUCCUCCUGGUUGAUGGGCAUUGCAAAGAUGAUGACAAGCUCCAGUAUGAUCCUGCACUUCUUUUGCAGCAGCCAUACCAGAGUUGA